AUGCGGCGGAAAAUCCAGUCGCUCAUCGUCGGAUAUGGCGUGCCGGCCAUCUGGUUCACCAUCAACCCGAACGACAUUACGAACCCGGUGAAGCUGCGACUGGCGGCAUACCGCACACGCGAUCCCGACGCGGCCGAGGAGUUCUUAGAAGGCCUUGGGGAUGCGUAUAAGCGGGCACGGCUGGCGAUAUCGGAUCCCAUGAGCUCGGCCGUGUUCUUCCACCGCGAGAUGAAGCUGUUCUUCGAUCAUUACGUGAAGGUCGGUGAAGAGUCGGUAUUCGGGCGCAUCGGCAAGUACUAUGGCGCCGUGGAGACGAACGAACGAGGGCGCUUCAUGUUCACGGCUUGCUCUGGCUGCACGGGAACGCGCAUCUCAGCUCGAUGCUUGCCGACAUCCACGGGGAGGAUCAGGCGGCGUAUCGCGAGCGAAUCGUCCGAUACAUCGAUAGCGUCUUCUCAGAGGAUCUGGACCAGGAAAGUUUUGCGCCGUGCAAGCGGGCGAUCUGUGACGGGCGGUAUUGGUUCCCUGCUGGACAACGCCGCGCAGUUCUCGGCCGCGUUUAUUGAGGAGGCCAACUUCUGUGCCGGCGCGACGCAGGAGGGCGGAAGGGGACCUCUGCCGGUUCAAGGCGCCAUGGAGAUCCGGAGGACACACAGCAUGGUCAAUCGAUGGAACGAGGCUAUUGCUGUCGGGCUCCGGCACAACCAUGAUAUUUCCUUCAUUGCGACGCAGCGCAAGACAAUGGCCCUCAUCUAUUAUGUCACGAACUACGCGACCAAGGUGGAGGACCCGGUGUGGAAGCGUGUGGCGGCCGCGGCCGAGCUCCUGGCCGCCUCAACAGGUGAUGGCACGGCCAACGGAGGGCGGGACGGUGGCGGAGACGCUGCCACCGAUGACCCUGUCAGGGAACAGGACGCGACAGUUCCUGAUGAGAGUGGCGAACCGCGUGUUCACGGAGCGUCCGCUAUCACAGGUCGAGGUCGUCGCUCACCUUCUCGGAUAUCCGGCCGAGUUCACCGACAGCAGCGCGUGGGCGUACCUGAACUGUUCUCUGCUGUACUGGAAGUCUUUCGGCGAUGGCGGCAUCUCCGAGAAGCCAGUGGCGCUGCGGCUAUGGAUGACACCUUGGAUGAGUCGGUGCUCAGGCGGCCGGGCAAGCACGCUACCGUCUGCCUCGACGGCUACCUGAGCAAGGACUUCACCUACGAUGACGAGUCGUGCUACCGGAGGGCAGCCGUGCAGCAUCUUGCGCUGUUCGUGCCGUGGAGUCCUUCCUGGGCGAAGGAACAGCUGCUUCGACGAUCCGCCGAAGACGCAAAACGCGACGCCAAGCAAUGGGCAGCCUCGUCCGGCGAUGGCGACCCGACGGUCGCACACGUCGAGGAGGGUGGAGCAGGCGAGGCGGGCGCGGAGUCUGCAGCGACAUAUCAGCCCAACAGCAUCGGAGACGCAACGCGGCUCAUCGACGUCGUCCGAGGUGCAGUGGGAGCGAAUCAGGUGACGGCCAAGUCGCCGGAGCUCAUGGCAAUGAUACAGCAGCUCUGUCGGUUUCAGCAAUCGGCGCUGCGCUCGACGGCCGAGCUCGAGGCCACGGCGCUGAUCGAACGAGGAGAGGCGGUUAAGCAUGCCAGGGCGGGUAUUUUCCGGGCCGCACUACCGCCGCAGGAUCAGGUCAAGGCUAUCAAGUCGCAGCAGUCCAUCGCUUUUCUGAUAAUAUGCCGCCAGCUCGAUUUGAUGCAGCAGACCGACGGGGCGAUGCCUGCCAGCUGCGCCAGUUCGUCGGCGGAGCGGUUCAUCCACGGCCAGUCUCGAAUGGAUUGGCAGGAGAAGGAUGUGCUCGUCAUCGACGAGAUUUCGGGGGGAUCCCCAUCGUCCUCUUCUGCGGAGAUUUUCAGCAGUUCCGGCCGGUCCAAGAGGUCGAUCGUCCUGCCUAGCGCGGCCAUCUCGUGGGACGUAGACAACUCGUUCAAGGCCGAGCAGCGUCACCAGCACGACAAAGCGCACGCACUGUGGAAGAGGUUCACGACGGUCGUCAUGCUGGACGAGCAGAUGCGCGCCGCCGGCGACCCGGAGCUGCAGAGGCUGCUGAAGCGGAUCCGUCUAGGCGUGCAGGAUCGGACGGAUCUAAACCUCCUCAACUCAAGGAAUCGGUGGAACCUGAACAUGGAGGCGAGCCUGGCGUUCCGGGUCCAGCAGCGGUCGACGAUGCGCAUUUUCAUCUCCGAGCACAAGUGGAAGGAGGAGCUGCCGACGGAGGAAGAGGCGAUCAUGAUACUCAACCAGGGCGACGAUAGCGCGAUCCCGGUGCCGGCCGUCUUCAUGUUCGUGGCCGGGAUGCCCAUCGUCGUGAACCACAACACCCACCAGGGGCUGAAGCUAGUGAACGGCGCGAGCUACUCGGCGGUGGAGGUCAUUGUCGACAAGGCGUACCCGGGGCAUCGGAUCUCGGCCGAUAUGACGAUCCACUUCGGGCCGCCGGCGGGGAUCAUUCUCGAAUCGGAGACGACGAGAUAUCUCCACUUCUGCCAGCGAAAAAGGCCGUGGCAACGCAACGACGUCAGCCGAAAGGGUUUGCCGUGCGCAGCAGCGUUCGCGUGCACGGACUACAAGGUGCAGGGCAAAACGCUGGAGCGCGUGGCCCUCGAGCUGCGAGGACACGGACGACGAAGAUGGAUGGAACGGUGGUGCCCUCGCAACGGCAUCAUGCUCGUGUCCAAGGUGCGGGACAGAGACUUGGUGGGCAACCGGGUCCCCGAGGAGAUGACUGCCGCACAGGCCAGGCUCGAGGUACUGAGCGAGAGGACCGUUGAGGAGGCGUUGCGCUGGCUGGACGGUGAUGCUGAAGAGUCAAGGCGGCCGCGCUAG